CCCACUUUUUUUUUUUUUUUGUUGUGAAGUUUCACUGGUGCAGUGCUGCUGAGGAUUAUCAAUUUUGGGGCCUUCGAAUUAUAAAAUUACGCGGUCUCUCACACUUCUCCUUUCCGUCUUCUCUCUCUUCUUGCUCUUGCCCUUCUAUGGCGAUCUGAGUACAAGGUCACCAAGGGCAGGUCGAGAGAGCAGAAGCUGCUGCUGCUGCUCCUAAAAUCUAGAGCCAUUAUUUAUUUUGACAUACGGAGGUAGAUAUAGAGAAGAGAGAGACGGUACGAUGUCUACAUUGGACUCUAUCGAUUCCCUCCUCUUCUCUCUCAGCAGAGCCUUUUGUAGCCCCUUCGCCAAAUUCAUUCAGAUCCAGGGAUGUUUUAUUUGCCUAGCUUUAGCUCUAGGGUGGGCUUUGGCAGCUUAUGUCAGGAAUAGAGAAAUCAAACAAAUGAAGGACAGUGUCAGAGGCGGCAAUAGCUUUGCAUUUCUUUUCCAUGAUAUUAAUGAACUUGAGCACUCUAAUCAGGUUAAUCUGCCUAGAGUGACUGUUGUUAUGCCUUUGAAAGGGUUUGGAGAACAUAAUUUACACAAUUGGAGAAGUCAAAUCACGUCUCUCUAUGGUGGUCCUCUAGAAUUUCUUUUUGUUUUGGAGAGUACGGAAGACCCUGCCUACCAUGCCGUGUCUCGGUUAUUAUCAGAUUUUAAGGAUGAUGUUGACGCUAAAAUUAUUGUAGCUGGUUUGUCUACGACUUGCAGUCAGAAGAUUCACAACCAGUUGGUUGGAGUGGAGCAAAUGCAUAAAGAAAGCAAGUAUGUAUUAUUUUUGGAUGAUGAUGUCAGGCUGCACCCUGGGUCAAUUGGAGCAUUAACAGCUGAGAUGGAAAAGAAUCCUGAGAUAUUUAUUCAAACUGGGUACCCUCUUGAUUUACCUUCUGGAAGUUUGGGGAGUUACUGUAUUUAUGAGUAUCAUAUGCCAUGUUCAAUGGGGUUUGCUACUGGUGGAAAAACGUUCUUCCUUUGGGGUGGAUGCAUGAUGAUGCAUGCAGAUGACUUCAGACAUGAUCGCUAUGGAGUGGUUUCAGGACUUCGAGAUGGUGGAUACUCUGAUGAUAUGACUCUUUCUGCUUUAGCUGGGGCUCAUAAGAGGCUGAUUACAUCGCCGCCAGUUGCUGUUUUUCCACAUCCUCUUGCAAACGAUCUUACUUUCUCAAGAUACUGGAAUUACUUGAGGAAGCAAUCAUUUGUUUUGGAAUCAUACAUAUCAAAGGUUAACUGGAAAAUGAACCGUGCAUUGUUUUCUACUCAUUGCUAUCUGUCUUGGGGAUUUGUAGUGCCAUACUUCAUGGCUAUGAUUCAUGUUGCAGCAGUGCUGAGAGUAUAUAUCAAGGGCUAUACUUUAGAGGAAACAAAGUUUGCUUCCAGCGGGUUGUUACUGGUAAACUAUCUAGCUGUAUGCACCUUCAUAGAACUUAUUUCGAUGUGGAACUUGACCAGAAUAGAAGUUCAAUUGUGCAACUUGUUGUCCCCCGAGGCACCACGACUCUCCCUUGCUUCUUAUAACUGGGGCCUUGUAUUUAUUGCAAUGCUGGUGGAUAAUUUCUUAUAUCCCAUUUCGGCAUUCCGAGGCCAUUUUUCGAAGAGCAUUAAUUGGUCAGGUACACGAUAUCAUCUAAAGGAAGGAAAAAUAUGCAAGAUUGAGAGGAAAGAAAGUGGUUCAAAUUUUACAGACUUGGCAAGAAAGCAUUUGUAUGGGAAGAAAGGAGCUCCCCCUAAAGUAUCUCUCCUUGGUUCUUUGACAAGAAGUUUGACACAAUGGCGUCCUCCUAAGAAAUUCGAUAUCUAGGAGCAGUUUCAUCAAUCAAAUUCUUGUGAUUAUUUUUCCUGCCUUUCUGGUUUGAUGGUGCUCCUGAAUAGAGAUUGUUCAUUCCAUUAAACGAUUGAUUUUAGCUUUAGGCAUUUUUGUCAUUGCAUGUCCCCAUUCUUCAGUGUUAACCCAUUUUGUAUGGGUCGAAUCAGUGAUUUGUAUUCAUUUGCUCUGUAAUCUUUGUACCUUAUAAAUAUAGUUCAUUAACAUGUGGAGGCAAUAGCAGUGUUUAUUCUUA